GGGCGGGCCAGAUCAGGCUGGGGAAACCCGCCUGUGGGCCGCGCCGCACGUCCGCCCGCUGACAAGGUGAUGCGUUGCUCUGUAGGCAGGCCGGCAGGCGAGGAGGCGUGGCAGUCCGGCCGGCACUUAGGAUCUGCGGCUCGUUCGCUUGCCUGCCUGCCUGCCAGUCUCCAGCCGCGUCAUGCCGCCUCUCCCCCGCCGGGCGCUGGUCGCCGUUGUCGUCUUCCUGGGCUGCGCCUCCGCGCAACCUCCGCCGGGCUCCGCAGAACAGCGCUGCUUCUGCCAGGUCACUGGCCAUUUAGAUGACUGUUCUUGUGAUGUUGAGACUAUAGAUGGCUACAACAACAAGAAGAUUUUUCCCAUUUUACAGAACCUUUUAGAAAGUGAUUAUUUCAGAUAUUACAAGGUCAACCUAAACAAGCCAUGUCCUUUCUGGGGCGACAACAGUCACUGUGGAAUUAGAGACUGUGCUGUAAAACCGUGCCCAUCUGAUGAGGUUCCUGGUGGAAUUAGAGCGGAGAGUCACAACAAGUAUUCUGAAGCGGCUGCCACCCUUGCCGAAGACUGUGAAGAAGCUGAGAGACUUGGAGCCGUUGACGGAUCUUUAAGCGAGGAAGCCGCAAGGGCCGUGAUUCAAUGGACUUGGCACGAUGAGUCUGCCGACAGCUUUUGCGAAGUUGACGAUAUCCAGUCCCCAGAAGCAGAGUAUGUAGAUUUGCAUCUCAAUCCGGAGCGUUACACUGGCUACAAAGGGCCUGAAGCCUGGAAGAUCUGGAACAGCAUAUAUGAAGAGAACUGUUUCAAACCUCAGUCCAUAAAAAGGCCUUUAAAUCCAUUGGCUUCUGGAAGAGCCUCAGAUGAAAACGAAGGGAAUAUAUUUUACAGCUGGCUGCAAGGCCUCUGUGUGGAGAAGAGGGCCUUCUACAGGCUCAUUUCUGGCCUCCAUGCAAGCAUUAACAUCCACCUCAGCGCCAGGUACCUUUUGCAAGACACGUGGGCAGAGAAGAAAUGGGGCUACAAUGUCACCGAGUUCCAGCAGCGGUUUGAUGAAGUCCUGACUCGUGGCGAGGGCCCCAGGAGACUUAAGAACCUCUACUUCAUCUUCCUGAUUGAGUUGCGGGCUCUGUCCAAAGUCCUUCCUUUCUUUGACCGCCCCAGUUUCCAGCUGUUCACGGGGGACAGCAUUCAGGAUGCACAAACCAAGAGGCUCCUUCUGGAAGUUCUCCAUUUGACCAAAUCAUUCCCUUUGCACUUCAAUGAAAAUUCACUUUUUGCUGGAAGGCAAAAAGAAGCAGCCAAAUUAAAGGAAGAAUUUAGGCUCCAUUUCAGGAACAUUUCAAGGAUUAUGGACUGUGUAGAAUGCCUGAAAUGUCGCCUUUGGGGAAAGCUGCAAACGCAAGGCUUGGGAACAGCUCUGAAGAUCCUGUUUUCUGAAAGCCUGAUAGAAAAUAUGCCAGAAAAAGGCCCUUCGCCCAAAUUCCACCUAACGAGGCAGGAAAUUGUGUCCCUCUUCAAUGCAUUUGGAAGGGUUUCAACAAGUAUUAAAGAACUGGAAAACUUCAGGAACUUGUUACGACCUCUCCAGUGAGGCAGCUUCUGAGGAGGACAGGCACCCUUGUUCUUCACUGACAGUGCUCAGAUUGGUUUCUCCAUCAUUACUGCCGGGGUUGCCUCCAAUCUUGGCAGGAGGGGCUGUGCAGGAUCAUAAAAAGCUGGCCACGAUCUCCAGCUUGCAGAUUUUACAUUGGCUGAAAUUCUGGUGCAAGACUAAUCUUCCGGGGGAGGGCUUGGCAGACUCCAGUCAUGCGUGUUUUGUGUUUGUGAUCUGCCAGCAUCGUCUGUCUUCACAGAAUCUCUUAAUAGUGGAAGACAAAACUGAUCUCUGUUACAUCGUCCUCAGCCUACAUUUUUCUAUUUAAGUAUCUAAGAAGUGCCUUUCUAUAGGAGACCAAGGUGUGUCCCAUCCAGAGUUCUUUGAAAGAAUCCCAGUAUGGUGCCAAAUGAGCCACUGGCAGUUAAGAAACUUUUAUUCUAGAGGAUGCAAUGGACAUACUAUUUCUGGGCUCCUGGUGAAUCCCCUGCCUUUGAACCACUUCAUUUGCUUUAUAUGGAAGAUCCAGCAGUUGCCCUUUAAAAAAAAACCCAACUAUCUCCCCCCCCCAAUACCAUGAAAUGCAAGCACAUGGUAGUUCUAAAGCAGGGGUAGCUAAGAGGAUGCAUUUCCAGGUGUUUUGAACAAACUCCCUUCAUCCUUGACCAUCAGCCUUGCUGACUGGGGCUGAUGGGAACUGGACUUUGACAGCAUCUAAAAGGCACCAAGUUGAUUGUCCCUGCUCUGCAAUUCUACAUGGCACUGUUCUCAGGGAAGCAUGGUACGCAAACCUCCCAUGCAGCCAGCUAGACUUCUCUGUCUGAGCACAGCUGGAUACAGAAGGCCAGACCUGAGCUAGAUGGAUCUUUGCUCUGAUGCAGCAGGGAUCUCCUAAUGCAUCGAAAUUCUUCUCCCCCCCUUUUUUUUUACAGUCCUUACAGCAGUGGUGCAAGGUAGAUCAGUAACAUGCUUAUGUUGCAGAUAGUGCCUGAAGCAAGAUUGGAGCUGGUUACCCUUACAGCCUGCACUUAGCACAAAAGGCUGGAAAAAGGAGUAAUGGAAUUUGCUCCUCCAAAAUGAAGCGAAUGGUUUUAAAAGGGGGAUUAGACAAAUUCAGGGCAGAUAAGGCUGUCAGUGGCCGUUAGCCAUGAUGGCUGUGUUCUGCUACCACUGAUGGAGAUAGGAUGCCUCUGAAUACCAGUUGUUGGGGAGUCACAAGUGAGGAAAGAUGCUGUUGUGCUCAGAUGCUGCUUAUGGGCUACCCAUGGGCAUCUAGUGGCCACUGUGUAAACAGGAUGCUGGGCAGGGUAGUACACUGGCCGGAUCCAGCAGUGCUGAUCAUAUAAUAAUAGAAUAGUACAGUUGGAAGGGGCCUAUAAGGACAUCAAGUCCCACCCCCAGCGCAAUGCAGGAAAAUAACACUUUUCUAGUCCCCUGAUCAUCUUUGUUGUCCUCCUCUGAACCUGUUCCAGUUUGUCUGCAUCCUUCUUGAAGUGUGGAGACAAGAACUGGACACAGUAUUCAGGAUGCGGCCUAACCAGUGCUCAAUAGAGGGGAACUAAAACUUCACGCAAUUUGGAAACUAUACUUCUGUUAAUGCAGCCUAAUAUAGCAUGUGCCUUUUUUGCAGCCACAUCACUCUGGUGGCUCAUAUUCAGCUUGUGAUCAAUGACAAUUCCAAGAUCCUUCUCACAUGUCGUAUUGCUGAGCCAAAUAUCCCCCAUCUUAUAACUGUGCAUUUGGUUUCUUUUUCCUAAGUGUAGAACUUUGCAUUUAUCCCUGUUGCAUUUCAAUAUUAUAGAGCUGGAAAAGGCUCAGAAGAGGGCAACCAGAAUGAUCAAGGGGAUGGAGCGACUCCCUUACGAGGAAAGGUUGCAGCAUUUGGGGCUUUUUAGUUUAGAGAAAAGGCGGGUCAGAGGAGACAUGAUAGAAGUGUAUAAAAUUAUGCAUGGCAUUGAGAAAGUGGAUAGAGAAAAGUUCUUCUCCCUCUCAUAAUACUAGAACUCGUGGACAUUCAAAGAAGCUGAAUGUUGGAAGAUUCAGGACACACAAAAGGAAGUACUUCUUUACUCAGCACAUAGUUAAACUAUGGAAUUUGCUCCCACAAGAUGCAGUAAUGGCCACCAGCUUGGAUGGCUUUAAAAGAAGAUUAGACAAAUUCAUGGAGGACAGGGCUAUCAAUGGCUACUAGCUGUGAUGGCUGUGCUCUGCCACCCUAGUCGGAGGCAGCAUGCUUCUGAAAAUCAGUUGCCGGAAGCCUCAGGAGGGGAGAGUGUUCUUGCACUCGGGUCCUGCUUGCGGGCUUCCCCCAGGCACCUGGUUGGCCACUGAGAACAGGAUGCUGGACUAGAUGGGCCACUGGCCUGAUCCAGCAGGCUCUUCUUAUGUUCUUAUGUUUUCAGCCCAAUGCUCCAGCCUAUCAAGGUCCCUUUGAAUUUUGUUUCUUCCACAGUAUUAGCUAUGCCCCCCAAUUUUGUAUCACAUUCUUAGUAGUUUUGCUUCCAGCACUGAAUGUGGAGUGUUAUAGAGUCCAACCAUUGCCCCUGGCUAAUGAGAUAUUACCUCAUUUUACAAACUCUGUAAUGCUCUUGAACUGCAACUCCAGUCUCAGGAAGAGCAGAGAUGCUCCUGGAUUGCCUCUUACUAUGAGUGGUGGAAGCGUAGGACCCCUCACCUGUUUCCCCACUGCAUCCAUCCUUCCUAGAAAGCAGAACAAAUUUCUCAGAGAUGAUUUGUGCAAUUGUACUGAAUGGAUAGUGGCCUGCAGGGGAGAAUAAUGUAGAAGAUACCCAGGUAUGUCAAAAGCAUGCAUGAAUACAGAACUGGGAUACACGGACCUCAAGCAGACUAUUAUGGUAUUUCCCUUUAUUCCUGUGACUUGAAGCUGAAGGGGCAUGUGGCCUUUCCAAGUGCUAGCCACAUGGUCCCCAGUGCUGAAGGGAGGUGUAAUCCAAAACAGCUGGAGAGUGCCAGGCUAGAUUUUAGGAAAAGACUUUACUACACUAGUGAGAGGUAGGAUCCUGUUUUUGCAUUCCUAUGUGCACCACCUUUCUCUUGCAUUUUUAAAAAGAUGCAUGGAUCUGCAUGCAGAGCCACCUUCACCAGCCUGGUGCCCUCUGUCAGGACACCAGGUUGGUGAAAGCUGUCACGAUCUACAGGUUGAGAGCCCUUCCUCCAAAUGAGAACUUUGCUGCUUGUGAUUUUUCUGUGGUAGAGGAAAAGUACUCUUCUUAUGCCCAUAGGACCACUUUGACACCCUGGGCUCCUUUGUGAGGAAGGGGUGGGCUGUAACCUAAGCAGUAAUAUUACUCUAUUUCAUAUCGUCCAGAGUUGACCUCUGGGAACCAGCAGUACCUGGCUCUGUGGUGGGCAACAGGAAUCAUCACCCCCCCCAUCCUGCUAGUUUUCUUUACUCCAGAAAACUGUUAUUUCAGUUUACUAAACGCCCGUCAUCUUAAGUACCCAGGAUAGGUUACCACAGUUUAAAACACAUCAAGAACAAUCAGCCUUUGCCAGCCUGCUGCCUUCUGGGUGUUUUGGACUAAGUCACACCAGCUAGGGCUGUUGGGAGCUGUAGUCCAAAACACGUGGAGGGCACCAAGGCACUUUACAUGUAGAUGUAUUUUUUUAAAAAAAGGAAGCAAUUGCUGAUCUGAUCAGAGAUGCCCCAUCUUAUAAAUAAGCUUCCACUUUGAGGAACGUUCAUGGCCUACAUGGGAGUGUGGUUUCUGUGCCUCUCUUCAACAAAUAUUUAAUGCAAGCUCAGGAUAGAGGUUCACCAGCUUUUGCUUACAAGGUUUUUUUUGGAGGGGUGCUUAGGUGCCUUUGCAGACUUCUCUCCCCCCCCUAAGCUUUGUGCCCUCCACUGCCAGCACGCUAAGCCAGAGGACAAAAUCAUAGGCACCCUUCUGUGGGGGAAUUGGACAAGACAUCAAUGUUUGUUGUGUGCCUUCAGGUCGAUUACGACUUAUGGCGACCCUAUGAAUCAGCGACCUCCAACAGCAUCCGUUGUAAACCACCCUGUUCAGAUCUUGUAAGUUCAGCUCUGUGGCUUCCUUUAUGGAAUCAGUCCAUCUCUUGUGUGGCCUUCCUCUUUUUGUAUUCCCUUCUCAUUUUCCCAGCAUUAUUGUCUUUUCUACUGAAUCAUGCCUUCUCAUAAUGUGUCCAAAGUAUGAUAAAACAAGAUUUUGCAAACUCCAAUCUCACAAGAUAAAA